AUGUUUCAAGAUGUCAAUUCGCUUUCUGACGAGCAAAGUGAUGAGCCAGCCCCAAAAGCUGCAACUGAGAGAAAGAAACCAGGACGAAAGCCAGCACAGCCAAAAGAAAAAUCUGAUGCAGCUGGGGAGAGCACCAAGCCCACAGUGAAGAAACCUGCAGCAAAGGCCAAAGGAAAGGCAAAGGCGAAGGCGAAGGCCAAAGGCAAAGCAGGGAGACCAAAGAAGAAUGACAAUGCAAAGACAGUGGCAAAAACCAAGAAGACUGAAGAGAGGGAGACUGAAGAAACAGAGGAGACACCUGAGACACAUGUUGACCCGACUGACAAUGAAGAAGAAAAGUCUAGCAAAGCACCAAAGAAGGCAGUGUUGAAGCGUCCAGCAGCCUCAGCAACCACUGGCAGCAGCCCUCCCAUGAAACGCCCUAGUGCUGCCAAUGCCCCACUUCGUGUUUGGAAAUACCAGUAUGGCAGUGGAGUCUACGGUUUCAAGGAUUCACGAGUCAACAAAGAAGUGCUCAGGGAGCUGCUGAAAGAUGAGUUGCUGAAACAUGAUGGCAAGACUGGUCCGGCUAUGGCCAUGAGGGAUGCUCUGCUUGAUGAAGCCGAGAAAGAAGCAAAGAAACAAGAGCAGGAUGGUGAUGCAGAAUGCGAACCGGAUGAUGAAUGUGAUGAUGGACAGGACGACAUUCAUGAUGGAGAAGAAGCAGAAUCUGAGGAAAUUGAAGAACUCGACGCUGAGGUGGAAUCAUAG